AUGCAGGUACAAGAACCCAAAGAGUUUGUUGAGAGAAUUCAUCAUUCUGACAUUUCUCCUGCUUCAGAUCCCUCCCAGUUACCUGGAAGUGGUAAUAGAAGGAGAGGUUCUCAUACUGUCAAAAUUCCAUCCACCAUGAGAGCCCAGAUAACAAUUUACCCAGAAGGAAUAGCUAAGACAGGCCUGCUUACACCCCACAUCUCAGAGGUCCUUCAAGACAUUUCUGAGUUGAACCAAGGAGAUAAGGACCAGCGUAUGAACAAAACUCACCUUGAUGACCUCUCCUCACCUCUAGAGGAGAAGUGCAUUGUCAUUGACAAGCAGGAUCAGGUCAUUGGAGCUGAAACUAAGAAGAACUGCCAUCUGAUGGAAAACAUUGAGAAGGGCCUGUUACACCGAGGCUUCAGUGUUGUCCUCUUCAACACAAAAAAACAGCUAUUGGUCCAGCAGAGAGCAGAUGCCAAGUACACUUUUUCCUGCAUGUUGUUGGGCAUUUUCCCAGGACAUUUUACAGACUCCUGUUCUAGUCACCCUUUAUACACGCCUGAGGAGCUGGAAGAGAAGGACGCUGUGGGAGUGAGGAGGGCCGCCCUGAGAUGUCUUCAGGCUGAGCUGGGCAUUUCCCAGGACCAGAUUUCCAUAAAGGACAUAAUUUUUCUGAACCGAAUUUACCACAAGAGUCCUUCUGAUGACAUCUGGGGAGACCAUGAGGUUGGCUAUCUUCUGUUGGUGAGGAAAGACCUCACUCUAAACCCAGAUCCCAGGGAAGUGAAAAGCUACUGCUACAUGAGCCAGGAGGACCUGCAGGACCUACUGGACAGGGGGGCCCAUGGAGAAGAGAAGAUCACCCCGUGGUUCAGAACCAUCGCAGAAGGCUUCCUGUUCUCUUGGUGGCCUCAUUUAGAGGAUGUGUCUCCAUUCAUGGAGCCUGAUAAGAUAUAUGGACUGUGA